AUGAACAUUCUAGGCCCUGCAGCUAAGAACUUAUCUAGUGACAGGAAGUUCUCGGCUGAGGUCAAAGGUUGCAAUGAUGAAGGUCAAGGUUCAUCUCCACCUUUCAUCUCAUGGGACAUGCUUCGUCCAGCCCCGGGGCCAUCGCAACUGACAGCCUAUCUAGUGACAGGAAGUCUUCAGCUGAGGUCAAAGACGUGGAAGGACCGGGAAAAGGGCAGCAAAAUGAGUUGCAUGUACUCUGUUCAGAUGAUCAUGGAGAUCACUCUCCUCCUCGUUGCUUUCCUUUCUGGAAUAACAGCCGCAAUCGCCAUCGGCAUCGUAAGGGAUGACUUCCGAGGCGACUGCUUAAUUUAUGCACAGGUCCAAUAUGACACACCCAACUCCUUUUCCGUACACGCGAACGGCACGGGGCCAAAGUGCGACUUCGCUUUAUCUGUACAGGUGAUCAUUUCGAUGAUGGCGUUUGUCUACGCGCUUUACAAACUGAUUGUUUUCUUCACAAAAAGAUUUGAUAUCCCCGUUUUCCGUCUGAUCAUUCUCCCCAUCUACUGUAUCAUGUGCUUUUUGGCUCUUAUUGAGGCAUGCCUGGUCACCGUAGGAUUUACAUACUUCUGCAAACAGCUCACUCAAACACCCGUGAGAUCAAUCGAAGUGCAGUGUGCUCGAUUCCAACAAGCCCAUUGGAAUGUCUACCAGGGACGAAACUUCUACAUUAGGCUCAAUUUGGCUUGUAUUGGAUCCUGGAUCUCGUUCACGUGUUGGUUGAUCCUGGUCCCAAUGUCCAUCAUGGUAUUUGUUUUGGACCGACGAGGAACAGGACCGAAGCCAAAGGAAGAACCACCCAGCAUGCCCAAUUCGGAAAAUAUAGACCCUUAGAUCGAAGACCAUUGGAACACCCAAGGACCAGGGCGCGGUAGACUGGCAUUAGGGAAGACCGACAAUUUGAAUAUUUGAAGAGCGACAAUUUGGAGACCGACCUCUCAGAGACUCGUGAAAGUGUAUUCUCACGUGUGUUUCCACCAUUAUUCGUGAAACCCACAAAAGAUGGACGCGUAUGUUAGGUUUGCUAAACACGGACCAAAUUUCCCAAGUUCUUUUGGGGCUGCUGGUAUUCUAUUCCUAAUUGAAAACAAUGGAUUUAUUGAAAUCACGUUUUCCCUUUUCCCAUUAACAAGAGUUUAUUCCACAUUUCACUCAUAUGGCUUCUUUUUUAUAUUAAGUUUGUUAGUUUGUACAGAGAGACCUUAUGAAUACUUUGGCCUUUUUGUUUGAUGAAAUCAUUAAGCGGAUUUCAUCGAACAAAAUGUCCAAAAUAUUUAUCAGGUCUGUACAAACUAACAAACUAAACAAAAAAAAGAAGCCAUAUGAUUGAAAUGUGGAUUGGAGAUACCAGUAACACACAUGAUAAGGGGUCCUGGAAGAAUGAAUCAAGCAGUGUUACAUAAAGUUGUGUCACACACUGUUUUACACAUUGUGUACACGCUGUGUUACACUUUGUUACACUUUGUCUUACACUCUGUGUUACACAUUACAAUCCAUCUGUGUUACAUAAGGUGUAUCACACCGUUUGUAACACCGUAAUUAUGCUAAUUACUGUGUUACACACACACACACAUUGUAUUUCACACUGUGUUACACAUUGUGUUGCACACUAUGUUACAUACUGUGGUAAACUUUAUUCUAUUCUGUCGGGCUUGACCGAAAAAAAAAACAUUUCACUUCAAAUUCACUGUUCUCUAUGUUCUUUAUUUAAAGAGGGAUAUUUUUUUCGAGGGUAGAAUGUAGUCACUAAUGGAUGGACAAGCUUAAGAGGAAGCAGUGGAAGAUUUGAUCAAAGCUGACGUUAAUAUUGGUAACCAUCGCUACCGAACAAAAGAAGCUUCCUUCUAAAGUAAUUGUAAUUUUGUAAAUACAAACAAAAAAGGGCUUCUUUUGAUUAUUUGUCUUUAUUUCGAGAUCCAGGAAAAGUGACCUGUAAGAUAGCAAACAGGAUUUAUGCAACUUAAAGAUUUUUACAUGUAUAUUACAAUUAUGUUUUCGGUGAAAUUAAACAAAAUCAUUUUUUGACUCCACAACUGUUUGAAGGAAAUUGAACGAUUUUAUAUUUGCAAACUGGUAUAGAAUGAGUUGUAAAAAUCAGAAUUAUGUGAAAAAUUUUGUGUAUGAAAAUAUUGUGGUCAUAUGUGUAGUUGCUCUGUUCUUGCCUCAAGAAAACGUAACUAUCUUAGGCAACAAAUUAAUAGAUUAUCCGGCGUUCUGUCCCUAAAACUCCUUUGCCCAAAUUUAUAAAGGAAGUUGUGAAUGCUUGGUUUGAAACAUUGGUUUUUGACGAGGUCAUCCCUUCAUUACGCAUAAUUAAGCGCGCAUACUGAGAAAUCGUCGUCUGAAUACGCCUCUGGCUAGGUCGACGCAAAACAAAAUAUCCUUACGUUAGAACCCCCUAACCCCCCGAGGGCGAGAUGUGGGAGGGGGCAUAACAAUAUUUCUGCUGAAUAACUGCAAGUAAUAAACUGCAAAUAAAGCUGAUGUACUGAGGAGACUAAUCAACGAAGGAAUUAAAAAAUGUGUGUGUACUGUAUUAUUUGAUUUCUCCAGAUGGCCAAUCAUAAUGAUGGUUGUAUUUGUUAUAAUUGCAUGAGUUUUUCUUUUUCAAUCAUCAAGACAGACAUGAAAAGCCGAUUUUUAACAAACAAUCAUCCAUGGAAUAGAACGGAUAUAAUGUUACAAAUGUAUAUAGGCCUACAUGAUAUGUAUUAUAUAUAUAUUUUCUGAGUUGAGCGAAAAAUAAUUGCAAUGACCUUCAAUAUUUUAUUUUGUAAAGUCGAUUAGUCUUGCCAAAGAAGCUGAAUGUAUUUAAUGUGUAGGUUUGGCUUUGUAUUUCUUGUACAUUCAACUAUUGAAAUCAUCUCCCUUAUUAAUGUCUUUGUUCAGAUAACACACUUUUAUAACUUCUGUAACCUUUCAGGUUGAAAGAACAGAAAAGGGUCAUAAACAGUCCUCUGGUAGAACCGUUGGUUAUACAGUGAAUCAGUUAAGGUUCUUCUACAACCUUUGGGGUUCUUGAUGAUGUAAACGACCCGAUAUGAUGAAUCGGUAUAGGGUUCGUCACACCACCAAAUUCCCAUAGGAUGUAUAAUGAAAUGAAUGGUCCCUGGUAUAGAACCAAAAAUGGUUCUAAAGGACUGUUUAGAGUCAUUUUCUGUUUCUUUGAAGAACCAUUAAAGUUUAAAAUGCGGGACAAAAAAUGUUCCAUUCCUUACCUGUUUUUCUAACAGUGAUAUAGAUAUAAAAGCAUGGGACAAAAAUUAUAAGGUCCUCUCUAAAUAAGGGCAGAUUAUCGCAGAUGCUGAAUACAUACGGGUCGUGUGGUCCAGUGGUUAGAGCAUUGGACUCAUAAUCGCAAGGUUGUGAGUCGAAUCCCCACUCUGCCAUUGUCUCCACUUUGAUAAAAAGGCCCGAGAGUAAUAUUUGUCGUCUAUAAUGCCAGCCACUAUGACUGAUUAAAGUAGACGUAAAAUGUGUCCUGGGUAAUUGGUUAUAUACCAGCUUGGCGUUUACCAGCAAAAUGCUGUCCUGCCGAGUUUCUACGGGAGUUACCAUAAACAGAAACACAGAAACAUAAAUCAUCAUGGUUUCCACUUAAAAACACAGCAAUAGUUAUUACGAAAAAUGUAUAGCGUAGAAGCAAAAAAUAAGUUUGUAUAGCUGCAAUUAUUUUGACCUUGAUCUUCAUGACAACUAUAUUAAUUAUCAUGUUUAUACGAAACUAGGUUUUGGUGUGGUUAUAUCCAAUUCAAAAUUUAACACAAUCUAGCUUCUCAUUCGAUCUUUUUUCUUUUUCACUCGAUAUCUUUAUAGAGUAGAAAUGGAAAAUGUGCGUUUUUGUUGGUUCAAUUUUUUUUUAAUAACAAGAAGGAGUCAGACUUUGAAGAAUAUUGCGUAACUGUUGGUAUAAAAAAUAUAUAUUAAUUGAUAUAGAUUUAUGUUGAUUAGGUAUGCCAUUUGCACGAUGGCAGUAUUAUGAGAUAAAUCUAAUGUAAUGAAAUAACUUUGAAGUAUUAUACGAAUUAAACUAAAUUCUAUAUUCA